GAGGGCGACAAGACUAGUUCAACAAGAAUGGAUAAAGACCAGCUGAAAGCCUCUAACCUUUCUCCAAAAGUUUGGAAUUCUGAGGUGAUGGUGUCAGUGACAGGUGAGCCACCUGGAACGAUAGAAGGAGAUGAAGAAACAGCCCGAGUUACAGGAAUGGAAAUCAUCCCGGAAUGCGGAGAGCCACCACUCUCCCUUCUAGAUGUGCUGAGAAUCACUGCAGUUCUGGAGGAUGCCAGAGACCAGCUCUCUAUUCUCAACCACAUCAUGCCAGUUCAGGUUGAAAGAAGUCAAGGCACCAGCUUGAAAAGCACAGAGAAGAAUUUAGAAGGAAAAAGUAUAGAAAAAUCUCAAAUGAUCUCAGCAACCUUGAAAACAUCUGGUCCAAUCUUCCCUAUGGAAGGACUCAAGUUUCCAGAAAUCAGCCAAGGAGGCCAAUUUGUAGUAGACUCUAACAAAAUGCAGGAUCUUGUCUUCAAAAAACCUACAAGGCAGACCAUAAUGACUACGGAGACACUGAAGAAAAUCCAGAUUGAUAGGCAAUUUUUCAGUGAUGUCAUUACACACACCAUGCAGGAGUUGGAAGAUUCAGGCACUUUCACCAUUCUCCUGCAAACUUUAGGCAAAGAGAGGGAAAACAAAACACAUUUCUACAAUAUCAUUGCUAGCGAGGAGAAAGGAAGAAAACAGAUAAAAUCUCUUCAAAAACAGCUACUGAAUGUCAAAAAAGAACGGCAAGUUGAAGUACAGAGUCAGAACGAAUAUAUUGCUCACCUCAAGGACCAGUUGCAAGAGAUAAAGGCAAAAACCAACAUGGAGAGUUGCUAUACGAAGAAAAAUACCGAGCUGCAGAUCGCUCAGGCCCAUAAAAAAUUUAACAAGGCAGAGGAACUCCUGCUGGAGGAGAUUGAGAAGCUAAGGAUGAAAACUGAGGAAGAGAACUGGAUUCAUACGGAGAUUGAAACUUUCCUUAAAAAGGAGCAGCAGCCAUACCUGUCCCCAAGUAAGCUUUCAAAUAAGCAGAGGUCUCAGAGAAAGUUGUCCUUCAUCACACAGGUGGCACUCUCUAAUGAUGAAGUCAGUGUUCCCAAGAUCUUCAGCCCAAUUACACAAGCAAUACAAUGUAGCUUGUCAAGCAUAGUACACAUUUCCCUCACUUCUCUCUUCCAGCUCCAAGCCUGGUGGCGAGGCACUGUGAUACGGCAUGAAAUUGGUUCUUUCAAGAUGCCCAAGAAGGACAAAGAUGAUAGCAAGGAUUCCAAGGGUAAAGGCAAAGACAAAGAGAAGCGGAGAGGCAAGAAAUGACCAAGUUCUCUUUUGUCCUUUCCUCUGAUAACUUUGGAGAUGGGUGAGAGGACUUGAAGAGCGUUAAAGAAACGUCUUUAACUACCACCAAUAACUCAUCUCUAGGUUGGUUCUUAUUUGGACACUCCCAGGUGACACCUGGUUACCUCACUGUGCCUGUUGUUAGUUUUCAAGCCCUGAAUUAGGAUUAACCAUCGAUUUAAGGCUUCCUCAUAUUUUGAUAAAAUUUUGCUGGAAUAAGUUGUUUCUAGGAGUCUUGUAAAGACUCUUCUUACUCUUUCUCACCAGUGACAG